AUGAGUGCAGCCUUGCAGAUGAUGGCUUUCAGUCUUGCUCUCCUCUCAGCCCUCUUCCUGCUCCUUGCCACAUGCACCGACUGCUGGAUGGUGAACGCUGAUGACAGCUUGGAGGUGAGCAGAGCAACUUCAAGGUUAGGAGCUGGGAGCGAGGUGUGUGCCUCAACAUCCGUGGGGUUGCACCAUGUAAGUCACAAAUGCCGGGGGCUUUGGAGGGAGUGUGUCACCAACAUGCAAGAUGGGGUAAGGACCUGUGACCAGUAUGACUCCAUCCUGGCUGACCAUCCAGUGAAGAUUGUGGUGACACGGACCUUGCUGAUCACAGCUGACCUCCUGGCUGGCCUGGCUUUGGUCACCUUGCUUCUUGGGCUUGACUGCAUCAAGUUCCUCAAGGAAGAUCCUUGUUUCAAACUGAAGAUGUGCUAUGGGGCUGGUGUCAUCCUUGGCUUUGGCAGUGUCCUGGGUCUUGUGGGCUCUGUGUGGUACGCAGUAGAUGUCUAUGUGGAGAGGGCCAUGCUGGUGUCACGCAACAUAUUCCUGGGCGUCCAUUAUGACUUUGGGUGGUCGUGCUGGCUGGGGAUGGCUGGCUCGACAGGCUGCUUUGUGGCUUCCAUCCUGCUCACUUGCUGCCUCCAUUCCUGUACAGAUCCCAGCAGCCAAUGGCAACCCCAGAGGCUUGCACAGCCCCAGGGCCGAACAGCCACCAGCCAGAUGUACGCCAUGGACUCGCGUGUGUGA